AUGAAGCGCUGGCAGAGUGAUUCAGUGUGCGAAUGUUCCGAUAAGAAGCGGUCGGGUUUACGGAUGCUUCUCGGAGACGAAGGGGGACUUAUGGUUAAUGGUACAGGAUUUGUGGGCCGAUGCGUUGUGGAGAACAAGGAGCUGGGGUAUUCUCUGAUUGGUGCCAGAAUAUUCUGGUUGGUGGUGCCAGCUGCUUCAUUGCCCGGAAUUAUUUGUUUUUGGGGCUACAAACUCGAUUGCAAUUGGAGCGUAAGAGGCGAGAGCGAAGAAAAUAAUCCAGAAGAAAAAAAGAACAAAAGAAAAAAGCACUGGGACCACCGAUGGCAUAAUUCGUGA